UUUACCUAUAUUUAUCGUAGAGCCUGCAAAGAAGGACUUCAAAGGGCCUAUAGAUCAGGUGGGGACAUAAGGAGUAUCGUGAAGAAGCUAAUUGCCCUCGCAUUGCUACCGUCGAAUCGAGCCUACGAAGCAUUCCAGACUAUAAGACACCGUACCGAAAAUGCUCUUCUUGCCGAGAAUCCGCAAUCAAGAGCUGGAGUAGCACGGCUUUUCCAAUAUAUUGGAGGAUAUUGGUUCACAAACCAAGGCCCUGAACGUUUUUGCGUCUCUGGCGACGAUCAUCGAACCAACAAUGAAGUUGAAUCCUUUAAUCGCUGGUUCAACGCACGUUGCGGUCCGCAUCAUCAAAAUUUCUGGUCUUUCAUACAACAUAUUCAAGAAUUUAAUGAAAAUACAGAGAGGGACUUCAUUGCCAUUCGGGUAGCACAGCAGAUUCUUCCACCACAACGUUUGGUAAACAAGCAACGCGACCGUAACAUCAAGACCUUAACGGAACAGCUAACAUCCGGCGCAAUUCAGAUAUAUGAGUUUCUCGAUGUGGCGGGUGAAUUCUUCGAACCAGGUAAUCAGGAUCAGCUUGAUAGAACGGCCGAUAAGCUGGCCCGUCCAGCGCCAGAAAAUGACGAUCUAGAGGGCCUGGCUGGUAUAGUUGCUGAAGAGCCAGCUCCAGUUCAUCGUCAACCUGUUUGUAGACGCCGGCUGUCAGCUGAAAAUGUCGAUGAAGUUCCAGCUAUUCGGCGCCGUGGGCGCCCACGUCGAAUCCCCAUUGAAAAUUUAAAUGAGGGUAACGAGCCACUACGUCGACCCCGAGGCCGCCCACGCCAGUUGCAAAUUCCGGGAGGAGCCUUUGCGGAGCUUGCUGCUGCAGAGUUUCCGGCUCCAAGACCUCGAGGUCGACCACGUCGCACUCCGGUUGCGGCUGCCGCUGCUCUUGGUGUUGUCGAGCCCGUAAUUGUUACCCCUGCUGUUGUUGAGCCUGUAAUUGCGGCCCCUCCUGUUGUUGCUGCUGACCAUCACAAUCCUCAGCCAGCGCACAUUUGUGACAUUUGAACCAUCAAUCCAAAGAAUAAAAUUUUUAUUCCUUGUGGGCACGGCACGGUCUGCCACCAAUGUGCCGAGCAACUUGAGAGAUUAGCCCGCGAUUCCUGCUUUUAUUGCCGUACUCCAGUCGCUCCAAUUUUCAAUUAAUUUUCCUGAAUUACUUUUAUUUAUUCAUCAGUAUGAUCUGUUUUCUUUCCUCAUCUGACCCAUAAAAUGAAAUUCGAAUAAAAACAAAUUCAGCUAU